AUGGCGGCUACAAAACCUAAAAAAACUGGUCUAAUUGUCGGUCUUAAUAAAGGCCAUCAAGUUACGUCGCGUCCCUUACGUGCUAAACCCUCCCGAAGAAAAGGAAAACUCUCAACGCGUGUAAAAUUUGUGCGUGAUGUGAUCCGCGAGGUAGUAGGAUUCGCACCAUACGAGCGUCGUGUUAUGGAAUUGUUGAAGAACUCGAAGGAUAAGCGUGCAAGAAAAUUGGCAAAGAAAAGACUUGGUACUUAUGUACGCGCAAAGAGAAAGGUCGAAGAGCUUAGUAAUAUCAUUGCUGAAUCUCGUCGUAAAGAAAAAUAG